AAUUCUUCAACAGAGCUCCUGAACACCUCUGACUGCAAUGUCAUAUCAGUUGACUGGCCAGCCGGGACCGAAUGGUUUCUUCCAUCAUACUAUACAGCCGUAUCACGUGUUCCUUACGUAGGGAAGGACACUGCUUGGCUUCUCAGAAAGCUGGUGGAUUAUAAGGGAUUGAAUCUGAAAGAUGUUCACUUGAUUGGCCAUUCACUUGGGGCUCACGUGUCCGGUCUCACCUCUAAACACUUCAAGACGAGAGUGGGGAGAAUUUCAGGCUUGGAUCCUGCUGGUCUCACGUUCCACAAUGUGCCUAAACAGCAGCGACUAGAUCAAUCGGAUGCAGAUUAUGUAGACGUAAUUCAUACUAAUGGUUGCUCCACAACCUGGAGACCAUGGACAGACUGUUAUGGCAUCAAUGAGAAUUUAGGCCACAGCGAUUUUUGGCCAAAUGGAGGAGAGCAUCAGCCAGCCUGCAAAGCUGUAUCAGGUGACAUUGGCUGCGACCAUGAACUAGCAUAUACCUACUAUCUAGAGAGCAUCAGUUAUGGCAUAGAUGACACAUAUUUCCUUGCUCGUAAUUGCUCGGCUUGGAAUCAGUAUGAAGAUGGGGAGUGCCCAUGCGGAGACGAGGCUCAGUACAUGGGCUUUUUUGCUAAUCCAGCAGUUACUGGAGUAUUCUACUUGAACACCAGUGUUGCCCCUCCCUUUGCCAUGAGAGACAGUGUUUGCAGCCCUGGAAGCAAGACCGAUGCUGGCUCCAACAUUAUCAUCAUAGCCUUUUCUACGUCAGCUUCCGUUGUAGUUAUAGCUGUUGCUGGUGCUAUUGUAUUUGUUGUCAGAAAGCGAAGGAUGCAGCAGACUGACAGUGGCUUGUUAGUGGAAAAGGAGGGAAGUGAUUGUGAUGAUGCACUUCUGAAUGCGUAGCUUCUACCUUUUAGUGAAUGAAAGAUGUGAAAGGACAUUCUGAAACUUGCAGUUGUGAGAGUUAUCUGUUAUACAGAUAUUUUAAUUUUUCCAGUUUGUAAUGUUUUCAUGUAUCAGGACCAAAGAGAGAAUCCUUGUAAGAAAAUUUGUGGCAAUCUAGAAUAUAAGAGAAAGUUUUAUGUCUUUGUAAAUGUUAGAUUUAGGCAUUGAAUAUUUAAAUAUGAUAAGAUCUACUUAAAUGACUUUUUAAGUACAGGUAACCUGACUAAUUUUUAACAGUAGCAAUAAAUAUAUAUGAUAAUGUCAGGUUUAAUAGGUUUCUACUUUUUUAAACUUGUAAUGAUGAUUCUCUUUUAGAUAUCUAGGAGAUUUUUUAUAGAUUAUCAAUAAUAUUGUACUCAGAAAAUA